AUGAGGCUUCGCACAUCUAUCCUGUCUUUGCUGGCUGCAGCUGCUACUGGCACCAGCGCCGCUGGGGUGACCGGUUCAGCAGAGGGCUUUGCAAAGGGGGUGACGGGUGGUGGGAGUGCAACUCCAGUUUAUCCCAGCACGACUGCAGAGCUGGUCUCGUACCUGGGAGACAGCUCAGCCCGCGUUAUCAUCUUGACGAAAACGUUCGAUUUCACUGGCACUGAAGGGACUACGACAGCCACCGGGUGUGCACCCUGGGGUACCGGCUCCUCGUGCCAACUUGCCAUUAAUCAGAACAAUUGGUGCACGAACUAUGCGCCUGAUGCUCCGUCGGCCUCGGUUUCAUAUGACAAUGCUGGCGUGUUGGGCAUCACUGUCAAGUCCAACAAGAGCUUGGUGGGCGAGGGCUCCAGCGGUGUGAUUAAAGGCAAGGGCCUUCGGAUUGUCAGCGGCGCAACCAACAUCAUCAUCCAGAACAUCGCCAUCACGGAUCUGAACCCCAAGUAUGUCUGGGGCGGCGAUGCAAUCACCAUCGACAAUUCAGAUCUUGUCUGGAUCGACCAUGUCACGACUGCCCGCAUCGGCCGCCAACAUCUCGUCCUGGGAAGCAACGCCUCCAACAGAGUCAGCGUGACAAACAACUACUUCAACGGCGUGACCUCCUACUCCGCCUCCUGCAACACCUACCACUACUGGGGCAUCUACCUGACCGGCUCCAACGACAUGGUGACCCUCAAGGGGAACUACAUCUACCACAUGGCCGGACGAAGCCCCAAGGUUGGCGGGAAUACUCUUCUCCACGCGGUAAACAACUACUGGUACGACUUCAACGGCCACGCCUUCGAAAUCGACUCGGGCGGCUACGUCCUUGCAGAGGGCAACGUGUUCCAGAAUGUCCCGACUGUUCUGGAGGGGUCUGUCGGUGGCCAGCUGUUUACCUCGCCCGACGCGAGCACGAAUGCCGUUUGCUCGACGUACUUGGGUCAUACAUGCCAGGUCAAUGGCUUUGGGAGCUCUGGAACUUUCAGCCAGGCGGACACGGGCUUCUUGGUCAACUUCUCCGGCAAGAAUAUUGCGUCGGCGUCGGCGUAUACCUCGGCCCAGAGCAGUGUUCCGUCGAAUGCGGGGCAGGGGAAGCUGUGA